AUGUCAACUCCAAUCAAAUCCACGACCCUAGCUCUCGCCCUUCUCUCUGUGUUACUACUCUCCUCGUCUCUCGGCGUUGCCACGGCGGCGGGGACGGUGAUCCGUGACGAACCGGAAAUGCGGCAUAUGUACGAGCGGUGGCUUGUGGAGAAUCGGAAGAACUAUAACGGCCUCGGAGAGAAAGAGAGACGGUUCGAGAUCUUCAAAGACAAUCUGAGGUUCGUGGAAGAGCACAAUUCGGUCCCUAACCGGAGUUACGAACUCGGGUUGACCCGGUUCGCCGAUCUCACGAACGAGGAGUUUCGUUCGAUUUACUUGAGUGGGAAGAUGGAGAGGACGAGAGAGUCGGUGAAGGGAGAGAGGUAUCUCCAUAAAGUCGGAGAUGAUUUGCCCGGUGAAGUCGAUUGGAGAUCGAAAGGCGCCGUUGUUCCGAUCAAAAACCAAGGAAGCUGUGGAAGCUGUUGGGCGUUUUCGGCGAUUGGAGCGGUGGAAGGGAUAAACCAGAUCAAGACAGGAGAGUUGAUAUCUCUGUCGGAGCAAGAACUUGUUGAUUGCGACACGAGUUACAACGGUGGAUGUGGUGGUGGUCUCAUGGACUAUGCGUUUCAGUUUAUCAUCAACAAUGGUGGUAUCGACACAGAGGAAGAUUAUCCUUACACAGCUACUGAUGUCAACAUGUGCAAUUCCGAUAAGAAGAACAAUCGUGUUGUUACAAUCGAUGGUUUUGAAGAUGUUCCUGAGAACGAUGAGAAGUCUUUGAAGAAAGCUCUUGCUCAUCAACCGAUUAGUGUCGCCAUUGAAGCCGGUGGCCGAGAAUUCCAGCUUUACACUUCCGGUGUGUUUACAGGGACAUGUGGAACAGCGUUGGACCACGGUGUGGUGGCUGUAGGAUACGGAUCAACAGGUGGUCAAGACUAUUGGAUCAUAAGAAACUCGUGGGGACCAAACUGGGGAGAGAGCGGAUACGUUAAGCUUCAACGUAACAUCGAUGUUCCAACGGGGAAGUGCGGUGUGGCGAUGAUGGCUUCUUACCCUACGAAAUCAUCGAGCUCAAACCCACCAAAGCCUCCACCGCCUGCACCGGUGGCUUGUGACAAGUCUUACAACUGUCCCGCUAAGUCCACUUGUUGUUGUCUCUAUGAGUAUAACAGUAAAUGCUACAGCUGGGGAUGUUGUCCGCUUGAGUCAGCUACUUGCUGUGACGACGGUUCUAGCUGUUGUCCUGAGUUGUACCCUGUUUGUGAUUUGAAGGCCGGUACUUGUAGAAUGAAGGGAAACAGCCCGUUGAGCAUAAAAGCGUUGACACGAGGACCAGCGAUUGCGACCACCAAGGCUACUAACGUGCUUAGUAAAAAUGACUUCUCCAAUCAGAUUGAUAACUACAGUUCUAGCGAUCUUCACAGUAUCACUACUUCCUCAUCUCUCGGCGUCGUCACAGCAACGGAGACGGAGCGGAAUGAGUCGGAGGUUCAGCUGAUGUACGAGCGAUGGCUUGUGGAGAAUCGAAAGAACUAUAACGGUCUCGGAGAAAAACAGAGACGGUUCCAGAUCUUCAAAGACAACUUAAAGUUCGUCCAAGAGCACAAUUCCGUCUCGAACCGGAGUUACAAACUCGGGUUGACCCGGUUCGCAGAUCUGACGAACGAUGAGUUUCGAGCGGUUUACUUAAGGAGGAAGAUGGAGAGGAGUAGCGAUCCAGUGAAAGGAGAGAGGUAUUUGUACAAAGAAGGAGAUCGUUUGCCUGAUGAAGUCGAUUGGAGAGAGAAAGGAGCUGUUGUUCCGGUCAAAGAUCAAGGAGACUGUGGAAGCUGUUGGGCGUUUUCGGCGGUUGGAGCGGUGGAAGGGAUAAACCAGAUCACAACCGGAGAAUUGGUAUCACUGUCGGAGCAAGAACUCGUUGACUGCGACAGAGGAUUCGUCAACGCUGGAUGUGAUGGGGGUAUCAUGAACUAUGCGUUUGAGUUCAUUGUGAAAUUCGGUGGUAUUGAGACUGAUCUAGAUUACCCUUAUACCGCCACUGAUGGUACCUUCUGCAAUGCCAAUAAGAAGAACAAGACUCGUGUUGUUACGAUCGAUGGUUAUGAGGAUGUUCCUAGAGACGAUGAGAGGUCGUUGAAGAAAGCUGUUGCUCAUCAACCUGUUAGUGUUGCUAUUGAAGCUAGUGGCCGAGAAUUCCAGCUUUACCAAUCCGGUGUGUUAACAGGAGAAUGUGGAAUAUCUUUGGACCACGGUGUGGUAGUCGUGGGUUAUGGAUCAUCGUCAAAUGGUGAAGAUUACUGGAUCAUUCGUAAUUCUUGGGGAUUAAAUUGGGGAGAAAGUGGAUACGUUAAGAUCCAACGUAACAUCGAUGAUUCAUUCGGGAAAUGUGGUGUGGCGAUGAUGGCUUCUUACCCGACCAAGUCGGUCUCUUCAGUUGAUUUCUUGUCUGAGAUUUGA